UAUAUAAAGCCUGCCGCCUCGGCAACUCACCGCACAUUCAGCACGCUGAGGAGAACAACCGGCUGGCAAGAUGUGGUUUUCCCUCUCUGUGAUCCUGUUGACAGCAUGGACCUGCCUGGCAGACCCUGCAGACACGAUGACACAUUCCAUGUCAGCCCACAGAUCAGCAUCGACCCGUUCCAGGCGUAUGGUUGGGGGGACCUUGGCACCUCAUGUGCCCUGGCAGGCCAUGGUCUAUCUGGGGGACAGUUUGUUGGAUGGUGGCUUUGCCGGAGGUGCCCUCAUCUGUGACCGUUGGAUUUUGACGGCCGGCAGGAACCUGUUUGUCAAUAAGAGCCGUCAGGCCAUUCAGGGAAAAGCUCCAACCAUUCCCAAGGUGUACCUGGACAUCUCAAGCAAGGAACAAGCAACUGCCGCCAAAGAGCACGCAGUACAGAAGGUGGUUCUGCACCCACAUUUCCAGGCCCAGUCCGACUGGGACAACGACCUGGCUCUGAUCCAGUUAAAAGAUCCCGUGGUCCUAAGCAAGACAUUGAUUCCCAUCCCCCUGCCAUGCAGCAGCCGUUCCCAUUUGACCGAGGUGGGAAGGUCAGGGGCCAUCGCAGGCUGGGGCCUGGGGGCCUUGCUGACACCGGCAUCGUCAAUCAAACACCUCGUGCUUCCGUUUGCAAAUCAGUCCGAAUGCAAGGAGGAGUACGAGCAUCAGAAGCACACUCCAGCGGUGGACGACCACAUGUUCUGCACGGGGCCCACCGUCUACGAAGAGAACGUCUGCUUCGGCGAUGCCGGGGGGGCUCUGGCCGUCAGAGACCCUAUAGAUGGCGACGUGUAUGCUGUGGGGAUCCUGUCUUACGACAAAUGCUGCAGAACGUCGAAGUAUGCAGUGUACAUGAAGCUCACUGCUUACCUGCCGUGGAUCCACCAUGUCAUCAGGGGGGACACAACGGAAUCGGCUAAAUUGCGUUCCACAGUGAUGGCUGAGAUGUACUCAAGGCAGCCUCAAACCCUCCCUGCCGUCUGAGUGAUCUCAUUUUGUAACUUUAAUGUGUGCUGUCAGUGCUUAAAACGACACGAAAGGAGAUGUUGUGGUUUAUCGAAGUAAUUUUGAAAAAUGAAAAUAAAUUACUAUUUGGAAUAAAGUAUUUGUCGUAUCGGUGA